AUGACAGUCAUGUCCCUUUCCAGGGACCUCAAGGACGACUUUCACAGUGACACAGUGCUAUCCAUCUUAAAUGAGCAACGCAUUCGGGGCAUUUUAUGUGAUGUCACUAUCAUUGUGGAAGACACCAAAUUUAAAGCCCACAGCAAUGUCCUGGCUGCUUCAAGCCUUUAUUUCAAAAAUAUAUUUUGGAGCCAUACCAUCUGUAUUUCCAGCCAUGUCCUGGAGCUGGACGAUCUCAAAGCUGAAGUGUUUACAGAAAUACUUAAUUAUAUCUACAGCUCCACAGUUGUUGUCAAGAGACAGGAAACAGUCACUGAUCUUGCAGCUGCGGGGAAAAAGCUGGGAAUAUCAUUCUUGGAAGAUCUUACCAAUCGCAAUUUCUCAAAUUCUCCAGGCCCCUAUGUAUUCUGUAUUACUGAGAAGGGAGUAGUAAAAGAAGAAAAAAAUGAAAAGAGGCACGAAGAACCAGCCAUCACCAAUGGGCCAAGGAUCACAAAUGCAUUUUCCAUCAUUGAGUCAGAAAAUAGUAGUAACAUGUUUUCUCCACUGGACUUGAGAGCAAGUUUCAAAAAGGUCUCUGACUCCAUGAGAACAGGUAGCCUUUGCCUAGAGAGGACUGACGUCUGCCAUGAGGUGGAGCCCGUCCGCACGCUGGCGGAACACUCCUAUGCUGUAUCUUCCGUGGCGGAAGCUUACAGAAGUCAGCCUGCGUGUGAACGUGAUAGUAGUUCGCCUAGUAAAACAGGUAAAGACACUAGCAAAGUUCCUGCAGCAAAGCCGAAACCAUGCCACAAGCCAAAGACACCCUCCGUACCCCAGGAUUCUGAUUCAACUACAGAAAAUAUACCGCCCCCUCCCAUAACCAACUUAGAGGUUAAUCAAGAAAGAAGUCCACAGCCAGCUGCAGUUCUUUCUAGCUCAGAAUCUCCCAGCAACGAAGGAGAUGUCCAUUUGCCCAGGGAAGAUGGAAAUAAAUCCUCUGACGUUCCUGGGCCACCAUUAGCAGAGGUUCCACCUCUUGUUUACAAUUGUAGCUGUUGCUCCAAAUCUUUUGACAGUAGCGCUUUGCUCAGUGCCCACAUGCAGCUUCACAAGCCGACGCAGGAGCCUUUAGUGUGCAAGUACUGCAACAAACAAUUCACCACUCUCAACAGAUUGGAUCGGCAUGAGCAGAUCUGCAUGAGGUCAAACCACAUGCCCAUUCCUGGAGGAAACCAACACUUUUUAGAAAACUAUCCCACCAUUGGACAAAAUGGAGCUUCCUUCACAGGUCCAGAACCUUUAUUAUCUGAAAAUAGGAUUGGUGAAUUCUCCAGUACCGGAAGUACUUUGCCAGAAAUGGACCACAUGGUGAAAUUUGUCAACGGACAAAUGCUCUACAGUUGUGUUGUGUGCAAGCGUAGUUAUGUGACUUUAUCCAGUCUCCGGAGACAUGCAAACGUUCACUCGUGGAGAAGAACGUAUCCUUGCCAUUACUGCAACAAAGUAUUUGCAUUGGCUGAAUACAGGACAAGACAUGAAAUUUGGCAUACGGGGGAAAGGCGGUAUCAGUGCAUUUUCUGCCUUGAAACUUUCAUGACCUACUAUAUACUCAAAAACCAUCAGAAGUCUUUCCAUGCCAUAGAUCAUAGACUUUCCAUCAGUAAGAAAACAGCAAAUGGAGGCUUGAAGCCUAGUGUCUAUCCAUACAAACUUUAUAGGCUGCUGCCUAUGAAAUGCAAGAGGGCUCCUUAUAAGAGCUACCGACAUUCUUCCUAUGAAAAUGCUCGAGAAAACAGUCAGAUGAAUGAGUCUGUACCUAGUACCUAUGUUAUUCAGAACCCACCCAACUCUGAAUUACCUACACUGAAUUUCCAAGACAGUGUAAACACUGUGACAAACAGUCCAGCCAUUCCACUGGAAGCAUCAGCUUGUCAGGAUAUACCCACUUCCACCAACGCCCAAAAUGCAGAGGGCACCAGAUGGGGAGAGGAGCCAUUGAAAGUUGAUCUUGACAAUAAUUUUUACUCAACUGAGGUGUCAGUUUCCUCCACUGAAAACGCUGUCAAUUCUGACCCCCAGGCCGGAGAUGUCCCUGUUUUGCCUUUAAGUAAUAGCAGUGAGAACUCUGCCUCUGUCAUCAGCUACAGUGGCUCAGCCCCCUCUGUCAUUGUGCACAGUAGCCAGUUUUCAUCAGUGAUAAUGCACAGCAAUGCUGUUGCAGCCACGACCAGCACUACCAACCGAGCCCCCACAGACACGGCUGUCAGUCAGUCCCUGACAGACAACAGCAAACCCGAGCCAGAUAAAGGGAUUAAAGUUGCAAGCCGACCCAAAAGCAUUAAGGAGAAAAAGAAAACUAUACUCCCUAACAAGGGAGAAGUACCAGAGGAAUCAAAAUAUGUUGCUGAUCCUGGAGAGUCAAGCAAAACCACAAAUACCACUGAAGAAACCAGUAAAAUUGAAACCUACAUUGCAAAACCUGCUCUACCUGGCACCUCCACAAAUAGCAACGUUGCACCCCUUUGCCAAAUAACUGUAAAAAUUGGGAAUGAGGCCAUUGUGAAAAGACACAUUCUAGGAUCCAAAUUGUUUUAUAAAAGAGGGAGAAGAUCCAAAUAUCAAACACAGGAGGAAGGUUUGUCACGGGACAGUGACCGGGAACCCAAUGGGGACAGCCCACUCGGGCUUUGCCAGUCAGAGUGUGUGGAGAUGAGUGAAAUGUUUGAUGAAGCCAGUGACCAGGAUUCUACUGACAAGCCAUGGCGCCCUUACUACAACUACAAGCCUAAAAAGAAAUCCAGACAGUUGAGAAAAAUGAGGAAAGCCAGCUGGAGGAAAGAACAUGGGAACAGGAGCCCAAGCAAUAAAUGCAAAUACCCAGCAGAACUGGAUUGUGCUGUGGGGAAGCCCCCUCAGGACAAGGCUUUUGAGGAAGAUGACAAUAAAGAGAUGCCCAAGCUGCAGUGCGAACUCUGCGAUGGAGAUAAAGGAGCCACAGCUGGAAGCCAAGGCAGGCCCCACCGACAUCUGACUUCCAGACCUUAUACCUGUGAGCUCUGCGCCAAGCAGUUCCAGAGCCCUUCCACACUAAAAAUGCACAUGCGAUGUCAUACGGGAGAGAAGCCAUACCAGUGCAAGACCUGUGGGCGGUGCUUCUCGGUGCACGGGAACCUGCAGAAACACGAGCGCAUCCACCUUGGCCUGAAGGAGUUCAUCUGUCAGUAUUGCAACAAGGCAUUCACGCUGAAUGAAACCCUCAAAAUCCACGAAAGAAUCCACACUGGUGAAAAGCGUUAUCACUGUCAGUUCUGCUUCCAGAGUUUUUUGUAUCUUUCCACAAAAAGGAAUCAUGAGCAGAGGCACGUUCGGGAGCAUAAUGGGAAGGGAUACGCCUGCUUCCAGUGCCCCAAAAUUUGCAAAACAGCUGCUGCCCUUGGAAUGCACCAAAAGAAACACUUAUUCAGAAGCCCGAGUCAGCAGGAGACAAUAGAAGGUGACACGUGCCAUGAAAACUCAAAUCCUUUGGAGAAUCCACAUCUCAUUGAUUCCGAAGACAAUGACCAAAAGGAUAAUGGACAUGCCGUUGUUGAAAAUGUCCUUUGAGUGGC